AUGUCGACACAUCUCGAAUCACAACAUCGUACCCAUGGCAUCCAAGGAGCCUUCGAUAGUCGUACCAAGCUCUUUGAGUCGCUGCUCUCGUUCUCAAGAGUGUCCGCCUCAGCUGUGUCUACACCAUCUGGUUCAAAACAUCUUCAGCUCAAUCAUUAUAUCCUCCCCAUCAUAGGGAAGACAAUGAUUCAUUUAUCGAAUAUGCUUGCCGGCUUAUUACAAAGGAUUGAAGGGAGAUCCAUUGAGCGUGUUCGCCGUCCAUGUCGAGGGCGUGCGGAUCAAUCCUCUCGUGCCAAUCAUCAUACAAUGCGGAAGAUGAAGGGCACCCACCAAUCGAUCUCUGGUUCCAUACUGGCCGAGUCGAGGGGACUCACCAGCGUAGGAUAUCCCAUCUUCACGAAAAUACGCAUCGUAGAGUUCUUGGGAUGUUUGCGUUCCGAGUCAACCAUCAGCAGAGAAGGAAGACUAGCGUUGAGUUGUUGUGUUACCAUCUCGAAAGGCAUUCAGCGCACCACAUUCGCAUUGGGUUCUAGUGCAAGGCUCUAUGCCAGUAUCGAGACUUCAUUUCUUACGGCAUUCCGUGUUCCGGUCGUUCCCUUAUCUGCUGUGCCUCCGAGUUGGUACCGAAGACUAGAGAGGCGUCAGACCCCGUCUAGAACAGAUCUCAGCUAUCUGUUAGCAGAGCGUGAUUUCAUGCCAGAGAAUACCUUGGCGGAGAACAUCGUGCAAUGCCACCCAACGAGCAUCGUGAGCAGAGAAGGUUAUCGCCGCUGCCCAAAAAUUUCGGUGUUCCGUAAUUCAGAAACCCUUUCCGUCAAGAUUAGAGAUGCUGCUAACGAAAUCACCGCUGCUCAAAUACAUCCACCAACGCUGAGGUGUGCUUUAUUCGGAAGUCUAUCCUUCAAGAAUAGGGAGGCUGCUGCCCGCUGGGCCAGUUUCAACCACGGAGAGCGAUCACCGCUGCUCGAAGAUGAUCGCCACUGCUCGAAGACCUUCGCCGCAGCUAAGAGGGAAUGGCUCGCCAGCGCGUUGUCGUCGCGCUGCGACGUCCUUCGAAAAUUCGCGUCAAAUGCUCCAAAACGAAUGUCCAGAGAGCAAACCUAUGAGCACCGGCAAUUGAGGCUGAAGAGGAUAUUUUACUUUGUUCGACGUGUGGAGAGGGCCUGCUGGAGAAGAUCGGCGAAAUUUGUACAGAAUAGCGCAAAGGCUACCCUAUCAACCACGAGGGCCUAUGUCAGCUUACUUGGUCUCUUCCGCAGUCAGGAGCGACUAUACGAAGAGUGUUGCAAUGUAAUCCGAGCAACCUUUCUUCGGUGGCAGGCAGUCGCCCACGCGUCUAGUAUGAUGCCCUUUCAAGGGGGUGUUCGUUGUAAAUCCCGUCGCUAUCUGAUUGACGUUCAAUCGGGAGUCCACAAAGGAAGAUGCCUCCGCCGUCGCGCCAAAGACGUUAAGGACUGCAUCCAUCUACAGAAGAUCCAGAGUGAAAGAGGUAUUGUUGUCGAAAUCGACCGGCGAUGGGGCGUUGGAGGGGGUCCAUAUCCCACGCAGAAGCUGAAGGGCUGCAUGUCUUGGCGCCUCCCAACGGACCACUGCAUUCCUCCAGCACAUUCCGGGAGCGGGCAUAGUAGCUUGAGGCUUCGUCAUGGAUCUAAAUCUGUAUGCACAACACCUAGAGGAUUUGGGCCUCUACGUAGGACUCUUAAGCACAAGAUCGCCGUGCGGGCAUUCACCGGCACAAGGCAAACCAACACCACAAUUCACAUCUUGUUUGCUGGUUUGCAUGGCAUCUGUAGACUCUUAGAUCGCAUCCUCGCAAUUUUCGGUCUGUGUAGAAAGUACUUGAGUUGCAACAUCAAACUGCUAUUCCAGCACUCUGAGGCCGGUACCCUCCUCAAAUCAGUGCAUCUGGGCGCUGUAGGCAUCCAAGGAUCUACCGCAAGGGUUGACCCAGAGCCCCCAGAAGCAUGUGUGCACCGAUACAUGAUGAGAUCCGAUAAAUAUCACGAAGGAGAGGUGAUCUUGAAAGUUGAACGACGCUUUGCCAUCCAUGGAUAUCAAACCCCAGCCAUCUCAAUAAGCGACAAACCCAAAUUUACCAUCCUCAAGCCCACACAAAUCCAUCAUCCCACAUCAACAUGCACAAUUAAUAGCUGGAUAAUAUGCAGGAACCUCGAAGCGUCACAAACUGUAUCUAAGAAGAGCACCAAUCCAGGGGUUAGUACAGUAUCACAACAAGAAUAUCCUCCCAUGGACAUCCCGGCAGAGCUACAAACUAUGAUAAUCAUUCACUUGGGUCCAGCAAGUCCGCGCGACCUUUAUGGGCGCAUUAUGAGGCACAGACCCAUCACGAUGGAUUCAGAUGCAAGGCCAGAUGGAUGUUAUAACCCGAGAGAUGUACUGACUGACCUCUCCCCCUAUCCUGCAACACAUUCAAACCUCUUCGCCCUCUUCCCCAAUCUGGACUCCGGCCGCAUUGAUGCAGGCAACACCUUCAAGGAUCUUUGCACCCACUUACCCCUCCACUGCAAUCUGGAUGUCGACCAGAUCGUCCGCACUUCACACGUGGGAUAUGCCUGGAAGAUUGAUGGUUUAUUGAUAAUUGCCGCUCCCGGCCUCGGCAACCUCCUUAAACCGUCGAUCACUAGGGCUCUAGCCGAAGAAGACCAGGCCUUCCUAGCUUUGGCCUGUAGGCUUGGGCUCCAUGGCGGUGGUUGCCAACUAUUCUCUUCUUCUCCGUCUCCCGAAGCAGAUGUUACCCGGGACACUACGGGGAUGCAGAGGCAGAUUUACCCACAUCCAUUUACAUGGAUGCUUGACACUCCGAUAAAGCGAAAAGCCAAGACGGAACUUCAACAAAACACGGCGAGUUGUUACUCCGAUCUAGGUCAUCAUCCCCGAUUGGAGCAGGACGUGAAUGGGGGUUUGUUAGCGAAGGCCCAAAGUUUCUGGAACACAUACCUUAAACCCUCUUCCAACGAACCCUACACGGCAGUGAACCCAUAUCACCCAAAGGCAAUCCCACUAUCCCCACCCCUCCGAAAUGGGAUGUCACUGCCAAACGAACAAACAACCAAAGGACCUGUACGUUCGUUUGAUCCGGUAUUGGAAUUAUUGGACUGUGGCCACAAACUGCAUCCCUGCCGCCUUGCCCUUGCCCUCUCCAAAGACAUGGAAUUCCAAUACAAUGACCAUGGGCCUAGGUCACCUCAUUCAGAAGGGUCCUUACUCACCGCAUGCAUGGUUGAUAUAGCAGCCUAUGCAUGCCUUUGCUUGACCAGAAGCUGUUGGGAUGAAGGGAGAAUCAAUAUGGAUAGGAGGGCAGCAUGUUAUGACGAGAAGAAGUCACUAGAACGAAUAAAGAGCUGGAUUAAGAAAUACCUGAGGCACUCUAGAGUGCCAAUAACUGCUUCCAUCAACAUUUUCGGGCAGCACUCUCCGCAGUCUUCAGAACAACCCUAUGCGGAAGGCACAAACCCUAUUCAGCCCCACUCCUCCAACCUAACGCCACCACCAACGAUGAGGCCACCUGUUUCGAGCAUAGUGUCCACUUCUUUCAACGGUGCCUACUGCGCAACCAAAACCACAAGCCGAAGCCGGGUCAUAACGAUUGAUCUUGGACUGUUUGCCUUGUCCGAUGACCCUGGAUCCAGGUCAACUGAUACCAUUCAGGCGGUGGUGUACGACUGUCAUCUACUAGGGAUAUACACCAAUGACUCGACAUGGAGAAUGAAGUCCUCGGGUCGCACUCUGUACAAUCUUCAGGAAGCACAAAGCACAAACCAUAUGCAAACCCUUCAGAGAGAGAAACAACUUACAUUUCCGGGACCGCGACAGCAUUAUUAUAAAAGCCAGGGUGGGCUUAACCUUGUGCGGUUGAUCAACACGUCUGCAGAAUUGAGUCUCAUCGAUUUUGCCCUCAAAGAGUCUAACUGCAAGGUUGUCAACAAAGCUUCACUAACUAUCAAAAAUCAGUCUAAGAUCCCUCUGCAUGCUGUUAGCAAGCUCGGCGACGUGUCUCGAAGGCUUAUCGACGUGGUGGUUUCUGCGGGUGAGGCCGUUACGGAGUCUCACAACUCCGAAGAACCCCGCAAGUCUCUAUCAUGGCCAGCGCCUCAUAAACCGCGGCAAAAAGGCUGCGAGUUGUUUAUACCACUCGUGUACAACCUCGUGUACAACCUCCUCUUUGCGUUAGCAAAGGCAGCAGUGACUUUGGUAGAGUCGUGA